UGAUGUGAGCAGGGUGCUCGGUGCGCCCGCCGAGGUCAGCCCGCCCCUCCCUGCCAUUGUCCCGGGGAUGGGCGCCUUACCUGUGCACACAGUGCGGCCCUGGCUUCCUGAUCAGUCCCCCAGCCAAGCUGUGUCUGCCCUGGGCGCGGCAUCAAGGAGCCCUACAGCAUCCAGGGGUGUCAUGGGUCCUAAAUAAAUCCCCCCCUUGUGCACCCCAACACACAACUGCUUCACCCCCUCCUCUCUCUCUCUGCCUCCCCAGCUAUGGGCAUGUGAUGCUGUGACCCCCCCUUUACCCCAAAUGUAGCAGAGAGACUUGGUACCCCCCCUCCCUACCUCCCCAAACACAAACCAGAGCCACCGUUAUGGCUGAAACUGGAAUCCAGAGACGGAAACCUAAGAUUCUGGGAUUUUGUAUCAAAACCUGUUUUUUACAAUUUUUUGUCGUCUCGGUUUUUGGAGAGGAGAAGACCUUCAUUGUAGAGAGUUGGUUAAAAACGUAUGGCUACUUGCUUCCAUACGAUAUCAGAAUUUCAGCUUUACAUUCAGGAAAAGCUAUGCAGUCUGCAGUUGCAACAAUGCAGCAGUUCUAUGGGAUUCCAGUGACUGGCGUGCUGGACCAAACUACAAUUGGGUGGAUGAAAAAACCACGCUGUGGGGUACCUGACCUUCCACAUUUAAGCCAUAGAAGAAGGAAUAAGCGAUAUGCACUAACAGGACAAAAAUGGAGGCAAAAGCACAUCACAUACAGCAUACACAACUAUACUCCCAAGGUCGGAGAGCUGGACACCCGUCGAGCUAUUCGACAAGCUUUUGACGUAUGGCAGAAAGUCACUCCACUGACAUUCGAAGAGGUCCCGUACCAUGAGAUUAAAAAUGAACGGAAAGAGGCUGACAUUAUGAUAUUUUUUGCCUCUGGUUUUCAUGGAGACAGUUCUCCGUUUGACGGAGAAGGUGGUUUUUUAGCACAUGCCUAUUUUCCUGGACCUGGUAUAGGAGGUGAUACUCAUUUUGAUUCCGAUGAGCCAUGGACGCUAGGGAACUCAAACCACGAUGGUAAUGAUCUAUUUCUUGUUGCUGUCCAUGAGCUUGGUCAUGCCUUAGGGCUGGAGCACUCCAAUGACCCUAGUGCCAUAAUGGCCCCUUUCUACCAAUAUAUGGAUACGCAUAACUUUAAGCUUCCCCAGGAUGAUUUACAAGGAAUUCAGAAAAUCUAUGGCCCUCCUGCCCAAACGAUGGAGCCUACCAGACCGUUACCAACCCUACCUCCACGUAGGAUCCAUUCCACCUCAGAAAGAAAGCAUGAAAGACAGCCUAGACCUCCUCGACCUCCACCAGGAGACAAGCCUUCUAGUCCUGGCUCCAGACCUAAUAUAUGUGAUGGAAAUUUUAAUACAGUGGCACUUUUUCGCGGUGAAAUGUUUGUCUUUAAGGAUCGUUGGUUUUGGCGUCUUCGUAAUAACAAAGUACAAGAAGGUUACCCAAUGCAAAUUGAACAGUUCUGGAAAGGUCUCCCUGCAAAAAUAGACGCGGCAUACGAGCGAUCAGAUGGGAAAUUUGUCUUCUUUAAAGGGGACAAGUACUGGGUCUUUAAGGAAGUCACGGCUGAACCAGGUUACCCUCACAGCUUAGUGGAGUUGGGAAGCUGUCUCCCUCGUGAAGGUAUUGACACGGCUUUGCGAUGGGAUCUUGUAGGCAAAACUUACUUCUUUAAGGGGGACAGAUACUGGCGCUAUAAUGAAGACAAAAGGGCCGCAGAUCCAGGAUAUCCCAAAUCUAUCAGUAUCUGGAAAGGAAUCCCAGAGUCACCGCAAGGAGCCUUUGUAAGCAAAGAAGGAUCUUAUACAUAUUUCUAUAAAGGAAAAGAGUACUGGAAAUUUGAUAAUCAAAAACUGAAUGUGGAACUAGGUUACCCAAGGUCGAUCGUUAAAGAUUGGAUGGGCUGCAACUUGAAAGACCUUGAAAGUGGCAAAGACCGGCAUCUUCCGCAUGACGACGUGGAUAUUAUGGUUACAAUAAAUGAUGUGCCCAGCACCGUAAACGCUAUAGCAGUGGUAAUUCCAUGUAUAUUGUCAUUGUGCAUACUUGUCUUGGUAUAUACUAUUUUCCAAUUUAAAAACAAAGGGGUACAGCAAAAUGUUACUUACUACAGACGCCCAGUACAGGAAUGGGUAUGACAAGAUAUGGAACGUUUUUUUGAUUUUGCAUUUUAGUUUCAACGAGGGCUAAAAGGAUACUUGGAUCAUAAGUCCAUCUGUCGAACUUUGUAACAGACAGGAAUUACUGAAGAUCCUGGUGUUUACCAGUAAAGAAAGACAAUAAGGAAUUCAGAGAUGGCCUUACACAAUGGAGCCUCUUAACAUUUUUCCUGCCUCAUAUUCGUAUCUUUUCUUAGUGUGCCAUUUUUCAGGUCCACUUCGUGAGUGCCAGGUUCUUUACUUGGAAUUUAUUCACAAAAAAAAAAAGAACAAAACACAACAGGAUGUAUCUGACUGAGAACACAUCUUCGAACCAGCUUUCUCCAUGAAAAGUCAGAUACUUCCAAAUAAACUUCUUUCUAUAGAUUUGAAAAGAAACAGUUCAAGGAUGAGUUUCUCUGAUCCGGCAAAAGGAUCGUCACUGCAAAAUGUCUUUUAAGUGACAAGCCAUUCUGAGGAACUGGUGUUUUUAAAUGCACAAAAAAAAAAAAAAACUCACCAUUUUUCAAGCCCUGCUGGUCAGAAAUAUUACACACAAUGGUUGUUAAAUAUAGAUUAUUGAAUUUGAAAAAAAAAAAAACUACUAAGUAAUAAUUGUAAACAUUUCAGAAUCUGUCUUUCUUGCAGGUUGAUAUCUCAUUAUCAAAGAAGAAAUGGAGGAUAGAAUUUCUAAUUCAUAUUCAUCCACAAUGAUCACUGGCUAAUGUUAUAUUCCUGUAGAAGCCUACAAGAAAGUGAAAUAAAACACAAAUAUUACAAUAAAACCAUGAAUUUGUUGAUUCUGACAAA